CACAGAGAGGUGUGGGAACGGUGACCAGAGGGAGUUUGGGCAGAGAAGUUAGCAGAGAUGAGUCAGAGGUUUUUCAUAAAAUGGUUUGACAUAAUCUGAGUGACAACCACCGCCUACGCCUGCUGUAGCUCCGACACAGGACGGUUUUGCUUGUUUGUCAGAAGCAAGCGGUGCAUGUAUGGAUGUUUACUGACAGCAGUGUACCUUCACUGAAUGUUGGAGCUUGAGGGGACACAAGGUCACUUUCCUCCCUUCCCUUCCCCUCCUCCCCCUCCGCCCAUCACAGCAUCGGUUGCCAUGGAGAACUCUUCGGUGGCGUCGGCAUCGUCUGAGGCUGGGAGCACUCGCUCGCAGGAGAUAGAGGAGCUGGAGCGCUUCAUCGACAGCUACGUUCUGGAGUACCAGGUGCAGGGGCUUCUGGGAGACAAGGCAGAUGGAGACUUGGACCUGGACAAUGGCGGCAAGGUGCCACAGUGGACAGAUGACUUUAACGACAAGAGAGAUGGCAGCUGGACAUCAUCACGAGGAAGAGGCUCAUCUAAGCCUGACGAGUGGGAGCACAGCAGCAACGGCAGUACAGGUUCCAGGCCCAGUUCAGGCUCCAGACCUGGAUCUGGUUCACGCUCCGGCAGCAGAGGCCGAAACAACCAGUUCAAAGGUCCAGCCAAGAAUGGGAACAGAGAUGGCUCCUUUGACAUCCUGGGGACAGACAUAUGGGCUGCUAACACCAUGGACUCCCAUGGAGGUGCAGGUUGGGACGUGCAGCCAGAAAAGCUGGAUUUCAGCCAUUUCCACAGGAAGCAUUUCAGAGGAACGCCAAAGCACCUGCCACACAUUGACAGAGAGGGGAUGAACAAAGCUAAGUUUGAGGAAGAUGAUGGCAUAGACAUGAACGACAUAGAGAGGUUCCUGCCCCAUCUGCGCUCUGUAAGUCUUCCACCACUUCCUAAUGAGGCAGAGAUGCACACCCAAAAGCUCUUCCGACGCAAGAGGAAUGACCGACGGAGACAGCAGCGGCCUCAGGGAGGAGGAGGAGGAGGAGGAGGAGGAGGAGGUGGCGGAGGAGGUAAAAACCAGCCUCAGCAGGUACUACAACAGUCCCCGCAGCAGCAGAGGGCUCAAAGCCAGCACCAAGGAGGACAUGGGCAGCGCCAAGGAGGACCCCCACACCACGGAUACAGCCAGAACCGGCGUUGGCACCACAAUCAGAAAGGUCAGGGACAUGGACAGACAAACGCUUCAGGUGAUAAAGGAGUACCCCCAAGAACAACCAAAGACAAAGAGACUGAGAAUGUAAAAGUGGGUGAUGAGCAGAUCAGACCACCUCAAGACUGGAGCAGUAAGAAUCCCAAUGAAUCACCCAAAUCUGACUCAACGCCCAGCACAAACGCUUUCCCAGACCUGACAAUUAACAAGGAGUCUCCUAACCCGCCGCAAAGUGGAAAGGCAAGCGAGGGCCAGUCGGAGCAGCCCAAAAUCAGCCUGCUGCAGUCGUCAAAGGAAAGGCUGAGGAGGAGACUAAAGGACAAGGAGGAGGCGCGUGUGGAGAACUCGGGCUCCGGACAGCAGAGGAUGGACCGGCUGGUGGACCUCCUCAACAGCAUGAGGAGCAACAGCAGCGGGGUGGAGCAGCAGCUGGCCUCCUUCAUGGAGGAGGCGCAGUGCUCGGCUCGGAACGAGGAAACCCUGGCUCAGGUGGUCAGCACCAUCUACUCCAAAGCCGUGUCCGACAGGAGCUUCGCAGCGACGGCCGCCAAGCUCUGCGACAAGAUGGCCCUGUUCAUGGUGGAGGGGACCAAGUUCAGAUCGCUGCUGCUCAACAUGCUGCAGAGGGACUUUUCCCGCCGUGAGGAGCUCCAGCAGUCAGAUGUGGAGCGGUGGUUAGGUUUCAUCACCUUCCUGUGUGAGGUGUUUAGCACCAUGAGGAGCAGCUCCGGAGAGCCGUUCAGGGUGCUGGUGUGUCCCAUCUACACAUGCUUACGAGAGCUGCUCGAGUCAUCAGACGUAAAGGAAGAUGCAGUCCUCUGUUGCUCCAUGGAGUUGCAGAGCGCUGGGCGUCUCCUGGAGGAGCAGCUCCCCGAGAUGAUGACAGAGCUCUUAGCGGCUGUCAGGGACAAGAUGCUUUGUCCGGCCGAGUCUCAGCUGACUCGCUCUCUGCUCAUGGAGGUCAUCGAGCUGCAUGCACACCGCUGGAGCCCCCUGGAGGCCCUCACCACCCAAUACUACAACCGUACCAUCCAAAAGCUCACCACCACUGCCUAGCUUCCAGGAGUAGAGAAGACAAGCCCCCCUUCCUCCCCUCGGGAUGCCCCAAGAAGAUAUUUUCUACUUUUUAAUUACGACUCCAUCACCCUCUUGCCUAAAAUUAAAGAAUGGGUAAUGAGCUUAACUGUAAAUUCCACAAUUACUCCGAGACAGGCGACCACUGCCGCAGAUAAACCGAACACGAGCCACCAAACAGGCAUCGAGGCUUCAACACUACAUGUGGCGCAUUUUGACACACGUUUGAGAAAACGGUAAUACGUACGUGGCCAGUAGGGGCGUGCUUGGCCACACAGAGUCUCGCCUGGCCGUGGCUAGUGGGGGAUAAAGGAGGCAUCAGACAAGAGAGGGGUCAUGCAGGGGAGAGGAGGAGAGGGCAGCAGCCUGUCCGUGGGGAAUAGAGAGGUCUGUACCCAAAGAUGAAUAGAGGAGGGCAGGGGUGGCUGGGUGGGUGGGGGUCAGGGUGGUCUGUGUCAGUCUCUUCAUUGUGUUCAUUUGCCAAACCACCCUCCCCCCCCUUCUGUCUCUCCGUCAGCCCCUGGGGUCUGUGUGGCUGAUAAAAGAGGAGGCAGGGAGUAGACACGGUGCUGCUGUCUGUCUGGGCCGUCUGCCCCGCCGGGCCAGGGACCAGGUCAAAAGGCCUCGCUGUGGAGCUCCCCAGCUCCCACAGCUCCUCCCCGCCUUUGUCUCCCCAGCUACACCCCCCACAGUAGGAAGCCUUUUUGAGGGGAUGAGACAGCGGGCCUGCUGGGCCGGGCUGGGCUGAGGAUAAGGAUCAGGCUGGCUAGAGUAGGGUGGCAGAUGGCUGCUUGAGCCCCUGUGAGACGACACACUCCGAACACACCCCGUUGGCGCCCCGGCUCCAAGCUCCCCGAGCCCAGAACGGCGUUUCCAAUACAAGCAGUAGAAAUGUUGCAGUGGUGAGGGGGGGCAGCAUUAGAAAAUUAAAGCAGACACUGCUGUCUGGUAAUUCUGUUGUUUUUGUCUUGCAGGGGAAUGUCUCUUCUCCUCCGUUAAGCCGUGCAUGUCCACGCUUUAACCAUGUCAUUGAUAUUAUUAUUAUAUAUUUUUUAAAUCAUUUAUUGUUUUUAUUAUUGAUGUUUCAUUUUGAAGUCUUGUUUUUAUGGUAACAUGUACGGAUGAGAUAUUAUAGCGGUAGGCCUUAUUGCACAGGUUUGAUUUGUUUUGCACUGUUUUGAGGCAAUUUGCUUUAAAAAAAAUUUAAAAGCAAAGAUUUGAAUUUGACUCAGUGCUUGUGGAUUAAUAUUAAAUCUCAGUAGUGAGAGGAAUGGGUUGAGCAUAGUGAGGGAGUUUAGGAUGUUUUAAAGGACUAGUGGCCUUGUCAAUUCUUCAUUUUUUUAUAGGAGCUCUCUUGUUUCGGUGGCAGCAGAGAGCAUGCUGAGGACUAAACGGUUGGACUGAAUCACAUUGUUCUGUUGCUGAAGGAAAAAAAACAAAUUUAAACAGCAAAAAAAAGUGAUGUGACAACAUAAAAAAGCAUGGCACACCGAGAAACAGAAGCGAAAUGCUUCUUUACAAUUUUCUCCUAUUUAAGCCAUUCUUUGCAGUGGACAUUUUGCAAGUGUUUAAUAUCGACUGUAUUUGAUCUUGCUUUGUUUUUGAGGAAAAUGACAACUAUUAACCUGUGUAUUUGAAGAUGACAAUGAUGAAAAGAGAAAAAUCUUACUGUUUGACCUCAUAUUAGCUAGUCAUAUGUGACCCUUAUUCCAGCUAACGUGUGUACUAUGAUAUUGACAUACCAAGCCAACCAUGUACCAUUUGUAAAUGGGCUCUAUAUAUAAUCUGCAUACAGUAUAUUUACAAGUAUUUAAAAACACUGAAAUAGAGGGGAGGAGUGCAACAGAGAUGUUACACAUAGGAAGACUGUGGUUGCGUGGCUAGAAGUUGGACUUCCCAUGUAUUUCUAUAAGGAAGUAGCUCUUUGCUUGGGAGUAGUCACACACAUACAUGCACAUAUGCACACGCAUACAUAUACUUAGUUUCCCACUGAAUCUCUGUGGGCAGUUGUAAGUGUUUUUAUAUUAUUUUCUGUGUCUUGCAUCAAGAAUUAAGAUCCUGUGUGGUAGUAACACACCCCAGAAGAUUAGCUAGAUGAGAUGGUGAUUUAAAGCUCAGUGUUUUUGGAGGUGCAACCUAAUCAUCUGUACGUGUGUCUGCUUGAGAAGUGGUUAUUGUUUUUAUGUCUUUUGUUGUCCUUACUUCAUUUCUAGGUUUCUAUUUAAAUUAUAUUUCGCUCAAUUCUAUGUAAAUGAUUUUUUUUUUUCUUCUGGUGGCUUUUCAAGACAUCUGAAACAGUGAUACCUAGCUUGCUGGCAAGUGUGUAAGUGUGGUAUUUACUUUGUGAAAAGAAGAAAAAAAAAAAGCCCAUCAGUCAAUGUCCAUUAUGCAAAGAGCGGCUCACUGUCACAGCAGAUCGGGGCAGGUGGGGAUUGCCCCCUUCGUCUGUGGCUUUGGAGCCUCCCCACCCCGCGUGCCCUUAGACCCCUCUGCUUGGGUCACAUGACUCACUCGACGAUUGAAUGAGAUGCACCUUCAUUUGCAUAGUCUCAUGAAUAUUGAAAAAAAUACGAGGCGCCGGUCGGUGCGCAGACGAGCUUUAGAUUGGCAAUAGUGGGUCAUCUGUGAGUUCUUGUUUGUUUUGUUUUUCUAAGCAACAGAAAAAUAAACUACCAGGAAAGUUGAAAAAAAAACAAAAGACGUGAUGGAACAAA